AUGUCGUUGAAGUUACCACAAGCACCAAACUCAGGCUUAUUCAAACAAGGAUACUCCUCCUUCUCCAAUGCCGACGGAGCCAUUAUCAGAAAUGUUGAAGCAGUUCGUGAAAUCGCCUCUAUCUUACUCACCUCCAUGGGUCCAAGUGGAAGAAACAAGAUCAUCGUCAACAAGUUGGGCAAAAAAUUCAUCACCAACGAUGCCGCCACCAUGCUUAACGAAUUGGAAAUUGUCCACCCCGUAGUGAAAAUCUUGAUCCAGGCAUCAAAGCAGCAGGAAUUCGAAAUGGGCGACAACACUAACCUAGUAAUCAUCCUUGCUGGCGAGUUCCUCAACGUUGCUGAAAAAUUGUUAACAUUGGGCUUGAAUGUCAGUGAAAUCAUCCAGGGGUUCAACUUGGCAAACAAGUUUGUGAUGAAAACAUUGGACGAGUUGGUCGUUGAAAAAGUCGAGUCGUUCGAAACUGACCUAUUAAAAGCAGUGAAGCCAGUGAUCGCCGCUAAACAGUACGGCGUAGAAGAUACCAUCGCCAAACUCGUCGUUGAUGCCGUUGCCCUAGUUAUGAAGAACGGGUCUUUCAAUGUCGACAACAUAAGAGUGGUCAAGGUCAUGGGUGCAUCGCUCUCCCAAUCGCAAGUGGUCAAGGGUAUGGUCUUCCCAAGAGAACCUGAAGGUACCGUCAAAAACGCCGCCAAAUCCAAAGUUGUCGUGUUUACCAACCCCAUCGAUAUUUCCACCACCGAAACCAAAGGUACAGUGCUCCUCCACAAUGCCCAGGAAAUGCUUGAUUUCACCAAGGGCGAAGAACAACAGUUGGACCAGUUGUGCAAGGAAAUCCACGAUUCAGGAGUUAAGGUGGUUGUUGCUGGUUCUAGUGUGGGCGAGUUGGCGUUACAUUACCUCAACAAGUACGGCAUCUUGGUGUUGAGAGUGCCAUCGAAAUUCGAUUUAAGAAGAAUCUGCCAGGUGUGUGGCGCCACCCCCUUGCCUCGUUUGGGCGCACCAACACCAGACGAAAUGGGCGAAAUCGAUAUCAUCGAAACCAAAGAAAUUGGUGGCGACAGAGUUACAAUCUUUAGACAGGACGAGUCGAGCUCAAGAACUGCCACCAUAGUCGUAAGAGGGGCAACCCAAAACAACUUGGACGAUAUUGAAAGAGCUAUUGACGACGGUGUAAACUCCAUCAAAGGAUUGAUCAAAGAUAACAGAUUAUUGCCUGGUGCCGGUGCAGUUGAAAUAGAGUUGAUGAAGCGUAUCACCGCCUAUGGCGAGUCCACUCCUGGGCUCUUGCAAUUAGCUAUAAAGAGUUUUGCCAAGGCAUUUGAGGUGAUCCCAAGAGUGUUGGCCGAAACUUCUGGUCACGACUCUUCAGAAAUAUUAAGUAAACUCCAUGCUGCCCACGCUGAAGACACUGGUCUCAGAGCUGGUAUCGAUAUAGAUUCAGGAGAGGUGGCUGAUACUGCCGUGUUGGAUAUCUUGGCUACAAAGAAAUCCGCUAUAGAUUUAGCUGUUGAUGCUACAAACACUAUCUUAUCUAUAGAUCAAAUAAUCAUGGCUAAAAGAGCUGGAGGCCCAGUUAUGCCACAACAGCCAAGACCGGGCAACUGGGAUCAAGACGACUGA